AUGAAGUUGUACUCGAUCCACGUGCUUCACAAGGAUCCCACCACUGCCAACGUUCGAAUCUUCAAAUCGGAAUCUGACUUGUCGUCGUUCAGUUAUUUCCAACGAUCGUCCGUUCAGGAAUUCAUGACGUUCAGUUCGAAAUUGAUUGUUGAGAGAAGUGGUCUGGGAACAAGAAGUUCUGUCAAGGAAAACGAGUAUCUGCUCCACUGUUACGUCCGAAACGACGGUCUAUCAGCAGUCUGUGUAGCGGAUUUGGAAUAUCAACAACGUGUGGCAAUGAGCUUCUUGGGACGAGUUCUCGAUGAUUUCACUAACAAAGUUCCAGCCGCGCAAUGGGCAGGAAUCCAAAAAGAGAAGGACUGCUCUUAUGUUGGCCUCCGCGAGCUUCUGGAGAGAUGGCAGAAUCCACGCGAAGCCGACCCAAUGACACGAGUCCAAGAAGAAGUCGAGGAGACGAAGAUGGUGAUGCACAACACAAUUCAAUCAGUUCUGGAUCGUGGAGAGAAGUUGGACGACUUGGUCAAAAAAUCGGAAAAUCUGUCGGAUCAGUCGAAAAUGUUCUACACGUCGGCAAGAAAGAUGAACAAGUGCUGCAAUUAUGUCUAA